CUGACACCUGUACCAUUAUCACUCUGUCAUGUGGAUGGUACAAUGUUGAAAACACCAAAAUCGGCUCUGAUGCAAUAUCUUGAGAACAAGGUGAAAUCAAACUCUCCGGAACACAUCGAUGUCACCAUAAUCGAUGCAUCAUUUUACUUCCAUCUAUUGCCAGGUGCAGCCCUUCCCACGAAAUUUGGUGGGAUAUCAUCACACAUUUUACGGAAAAUCAUGGCAUCAGAAGGCGAUGAAAUUCACUUCGUGUCUGAUAAAUGGCUAAGUCCAUCAAUCAAAGACUGUGAAAGAGCUGCAAGGGAUGGAUCUGUUGAUUCAUUCAAAAUAACAGGUGGCAAUCAGAAAAGACCAGCCAAUUGGAUGAGUGCUUUACGCAACGCAGGAUUUAAAGAAUCUCUGGUCAAGUACUUGGUUGCUAGUUGGUCAGAUGAUUGCAAUGUGAAACACUUGGGAACCAAAACCUUGUAUGCAAAUGAUGGCGACACCUGCUACAAAUAUGUGGUGGAAGGGAAUUCGGUCAUGAAAUCAGAAGAAUCAAGAUACAGCAAUGACCACGAAGAAGCAGACGCAAGAAUGUUCUUCCAUGUGCACAAGAUAACUGGACAGAAAAACAUAGUGAUAAGAAUGAAUGACACUGACUGCUUAGUUAUUGGUCUUGGAUCUCAGUCAAACUUCUGUAAUCACAAGGUUUGGAUAUAUGCAGGACUAGUCUCAAACAAUACACGAAGGUACAUCGACAUGACCAAGCUUGCAGCAAACCUAGGCGAGUCAUUGUGUUCAGCGAUGCCCGCAUACCAUGCAUUCACUGGCUGCGACUACACUGCAGCAUUUUCCCGAAAAGGAAAAGUUCGGCCACUAAAGAUCUUGGAGAAGAACGCCAAUUUCCAGAACUCUUUCACAGCCUUAGGGAAGGAACAAACAAUAUCAGAUGAAACUUUUUCAUCAAUUGAGAAGUUCACAGCUGAAAUGUACGGUAAAAGGAAAAGUCAAUUCAUCAAUGAUAUACGAUUGGAAUUAUUCCUAGAACGGUACAAACCUUCUGGUAAAUUGGAUGAAGCGCGCAUCAGCUGUUUGAAAAAAAUGGACGGAAGCACCCUCCCACCGUGUCACAAUGUCCUGAAGCAGAAAAUAAAGAGAGUACACCUCAUAGCUAACAGGUGGAAUUCUGUUGACCUUGCUACUCAGAGUCCUAUCUCGCCAACAGAGUCUGGAUGGACUUUGGGAUAUGGUAGUUACCAGAUUCUUUGGACAGAAGGUGACUUGUACCCCAAGACAAUCGACGUGCUGCAGAAUGACAAGGAUGGCUCCGAUGAUGAAGAUAUUAAUGACUGCACAGAUGACUUGGCAAUGGAAAGUGACACUGAUGCAGAUGAUACUACUGACGAUGAAACUGAAAACAGCGAGUGACUGUAAAGACCAAUGAAUACACGUUAACAUAUUGAGAAACAAUAUACUCUUGAAAAAAUAUAUGUAAAAUGUCUUCCAUACUCUAUGCUAUACUAUAUGCAUCAGGUAUUUCCAACGAAUGCUAGUUUUUAUGUCUGCCUUAGUUAUGCUCCUUCUACCUAUAGUAGAAAUCUGAAACCUCUAGGAACAGGUUUUUUUUUGUUGUUAUCCUUAGGAACAAAGAUAUGCAAAUUUGGGGGGUCAGCUCACCCUAAUUCACCCCCCUUAAAUCCUUAAAUCAAGCCAGUUUAAAUGUCAGCAUCAGUUUAACUAUUUAUUCUACCUAUGGUAGAAAUCUGAAAGUUGUAGGAACAGGUUUUUUUGUUGUUGUUGUUAUCCUUAGGAACAAAGAGAUGUAAGUUUUUGGGGGUCAGCUGACAUUAACUUACCACCCUUUAAUCAUGUCAGUUUAUAUGUCAAUAUUAGUUAAACUAUUUUCUCUACCUAUGGUAAAAAUCUGAA